GAAGAGGUCACCGAACAGAGGCCAGCGAUGACGUCACCAGGCGGGUCGGCAGCCGCCUGAGGCGGCCAGUGCAGCGGGACGGUCAUGAACGGCGACGUGCCCAUCCCGCUGGAGGAGAUGCCACUCGAGAUUAGGAAGCACCUCAGCGUCUGCGACUGCUCCUGCGACCACAUGGGCUUCGGCAACUACCAGUCGUUGCGACGCCAGCAGCAGAAGACGCCGCCGCCUCCCAUCGAGUUUACUGACCUCGGCCCCGGGCCUGUGCGGCCGUGCGAUCUCGUCUCGGACCACGUGUUCCCCGCCGACCACAACUUCCACGUGCUCCCGCCCGAGUGUGAGCGCGCCUACGGCACGCUGAACCACGUGAUCCGCCACGCCGGCUCGUCUGACGUCAUCAGUGACGUCAGCAGCGAGCAUUUCGUGGACCAGCUGGCCGAGGACGCGACCACGGCCGAACAUAUCCGUCUUGAGGAGCAGAAGAAGCAGACAACGAGAGGUCGCCGGCUAGCCUGCGGCUACGUGUGCUGGCUGUGCUGCGCGGUGCUGGUGGUGGCGCUGGCGGCGGGGGUCGGCGUCAGCGUACCACUGGUGCUGCAACUGGAGCCGCGGGCUGGCCUCCAGCAGCGCUUGCGCACAGCCAAGCAGAUCCUGCAGGAGGUGCCACUCAUAGACGGGCACAACGACCUGCCGUGGAACAUCAGGAAGUUUGUGCACAACAACCUGCGGAUAUUCAACUUUACGGCCGACCUCCGGCGGGUCAAGCCUUGGGCCUCCAGCCAGUGGUCGCACACCGAUAUCCCGAGGUUACGGGAAGGCCACGUCGGCGCUCAGUUCUGGGCGGCGUAUGUGCCGUGCGAGUCGCAGUACAAGAACGCCGUGCAGAUGACGCUGGAACAGGUGGACCUCAUCAAAAGAGUGGUGCGGCAAUACUCGGACUACCUCAGCCUGGCGCUCACGGCCGACGACAUCCUGCAGGGCCACAAGGAGGGGAAGAUUGUGAGCCUGAUCGGCCUGGAGGGAGGUCACAGCAUUCAGUCAACGUUGGCGUCGCUACGCGCCAUGUACGAGCUGGGUGUGCGCUACAUGACGCUCACUCACACCUGCGACACCCCAUGCGGCAAGGGUAGCGUGGCCACGCGGCACGCUGCUGGCGGUGUGACAAAGCCGAUCGUCGCUAGUUGA